CUCUGCGACGCUCUUGGCUGCCGUUCCGAGGCGGAUUCAUAUUAACGCCGACAAUUAAAGUAACUGCGACCCUUGAACAAAAUGUCUUUCACCGACGAGGAAUCUAUGGAAGCCGGCCCAACCGGACCGCCGAAGCUGGAGAGCUUUUUGUUCAGUUGCGAAUUGUCAUCGAAAGUACCCUUUUACACUUUCCAAGCUGAUGAAGAGGAUGACCUGGAGCACCUUCUUGAACUCAGAACAGUUUGCCUUGGUGAAGGCGCAAAGGAGGAGAGCAAUGUGGUGGAGGUAACAGCCAUGAACCACCAAGGAAAGACUAUUUCUGUGCCCAUCGCCAACCUUCACAUUAAAUGCCUGCCCAUGGUGAGUUUGGGAGAGUUUGAGCUGAAAGCCCCGGUGACCAUCCGGCUCAAGGCUGGAACAGGACCAGUCAAUAUCAGCGGGCUGCACCUUAUUGUCUUUCAUGAAGAACACUCAGAUCUUUCUGAGGAGGAUGAUGAUGGUGAGGAGGAAGAGGAGGAGUCGGAGGAAGAAGAGCUGCCCGCCUUUAAACCAGCAAAGAAGAAGCGGAUUAAUUAGGCUGCAAUGUGAAUUGUGGGAAAAUUUUUUUGUUUUUGUUUUGUUUUUUUGGGAGCGGCUUACUAAAUGCCAUGUUUUAAAAAAACAAAACAAAAAUGUUUUUGUACCGGACGGACAAAUUUGACGUUUUUUUUCACACAGCCUUGAGAGAGAGCUCAGUGUGUCGGCGGCUAAACGCACAGCUGGCUUUGAUGUACUCACCUCUCUGUUUUUCAGUUUGGCACAGCAAGCCCAUCAUCUGUGCUUAAAACAUUUAAAGUGUUUGUAAAAAAAAAAAAGUUUUUUGUACGAAUGUGACACAAUCCUCACUCAGCUUUUUACAGCACAGUCAGUGAUGGGAAAAUAACUCACCUUUUUAACACUUUGUUCUGAAAACUUUCUAAGUUCAAAACAUUGUUCAUAAAUUCCAUAAAAUAUAUUUGAAUUUUAUGACAAAUUUUUAAAAAGAAAUCUGCUCAAUGUUCGUAAAUAGUAUUGUUUACCACUUGUUCCAUUGUUUUAGUCAGAGAUGUUACUAAAUGCACCGUGAUUGAAUCAAAAAUAACUUGUCUACAUUUUCUUCACUCUAAUUAUAAAAAGUAUCUUUCACCCUUUUGUAAGUGAUCAUUUUAGCUGGAURAUGUUCUUCAUGUUCAUUCAGAUGUGUCCAGUGUUCAGGAAAGCUGCAGUGUAACAGUGUCUGCAGAUUUUAGGUUCGGCUGUUUUAUGAGUUGGACCAAUGAAAGUAUUUUUUUAACAAAUUGUUCCACAUGACUUAAGUAAAACUAAUAUCCAUACAUCAAUGGUGGAGCUUGUAGAAGGAAGUAGUAGAAAAAGUAUGGACAAUUUUUGUAACAAUGCUUCUUUGCAAUAAAUCUAUUCCAUUAGAAA